GAGCGAAAUACAAGUAUAUGGUUUGGCUGAUCGUUCGUUGGCGGAUCAGUUAGGAUAUAACAGCAGAUGGGGUAAUCGAAGUUUUCUCGGCUACAGAAAGCGCAACUGCAAAUUAAUUAUUAUUUUUUUUAUUUUGUAGCUAAGUGAUGGAAGUGUAGAGGAGAAUGAAUUGAAGACAUCCACAUACGUAAAUAUCCUUGUCGUGUCAUUGUACUUCUUGACUGCUUAAAACUGUCUCGGAGAAAAGCGGUGAAAUGCAGUUCUAGUCUUUUUAAUGUUACUGUCCGUGUCCCUCCUUAAUCUUAUUGAGAAACUUACAAUAUUUCUGUCCAUUUGGUUUAGAAAUUUCGUGAUCCUAGAGUAUACAGCUUCUGAUAAAGGAUUCACUACUACUUUAGAUCUUCAUUACCACUUUAGGUCUCCUAACCACAUCUUUAAACCUAUUCAACAGAAUGCCGUCGUUGAAUAUGUACAUCUCUGUUAAAAAAUGCCUUUCGCUGUGUCUCUCCACUCGCUACCUGGAUGCCACUGGCUAUCUUACCAUUACUUCUAGGCACACUCGUGCACAUCAACAUUCAUCAGGAAUGAUGGUUGCAAGGCAGGAGUAGAGACUUGAACAAGACUAGAUUUUCAUGACCAAGUUGCAAAUGCUAUAUUUGGGAGCUAUUUUCAGCGUGUGCGCUCUCCAGGUACGUCUUUCAGAAAAGGGAAGAACCGUCCUUCCAGCUCCAACUUCAAUCAUGCUUAACAUGAGAAUAUGUGGGAGUAAUAGAGACGUCGAAACAAGACCCUAUACCAGAAUUCGGGUCCCAUACGAUGAUUCUACCAACAUUCGAUUAUCAAAUCAAUCUCCAACAUCCCAGAGGAGGGACAAUCGACCACAUACCAAAUCAUUUCUCCAAAGUAGUUUGGCAUUCGUGAAGAAGACGUUUCCUGUGGGUGUGUUCGAAGGAAAAGAGCAAAGAUCUCCCUCUCCAAUCCGUGGUGGUUUUUCUGAUCCCAGGCAACAGUCGCAAGAAUAUCCAUACAAUGCUUCCCUGCAUUCGCCGGUAGAUAAUCAACGUUCAUACUCUGCUCCCUCGCAUCCGUCGAGUAAUUACACACCUGAUAUCAGUCCUCAGUGCGAGUGGAAUACGAAUUCCGGUCCUACGUAUUACGCACCGCCUUCUUCCGUGACACCUUCGAAGCGCCAGAAUAAUGAACCAGCAAGUUCAGGUAGUGGAGCUACAAGGUGUGCAAGUUAUGACAGGCAGAAUAGGUCUAAAGUGGAGGAUUCUUAUCACUAUUCAGGUCCACCCCCAGGGUCAUACCUAGAUGAUGACACUGGUCCGUCUCCAAAACUUCUAUCGAUGGCUGUUACGGCAGUGAAAUCUGCCUUAAAUCCCUUCGCGAAGAUGCUAAUGUCACAUAUGAAGAACCAUUCGAGCGAAUUGAAAAAACUGGAGUCCAUGAUCAGCCAUGAAGGGUCUGUGGAAAGGACGAAUCACUUGAAGUUCCUGGUUCAAGCUUUUACAUGUAACCUCCUUUUUGAUUGUUUUACUACAAAAAAUGGAUAUUGUGAGAGCAACGAUGAUAGGUCGCGACAAAGUUUCUUUGCUGAUUUCACCCGCUUCAAGGACAAGGCCGCCACCAUCUCAAUGUUGCUAUCCAAUCAACCACUAUCUCAUAUGAGAGAUGAUAAUUCUAUUGGGAAUUACUGCUUCGAGAAGUUCAAGUUAAUCUGUAGUGAUCCGGACACGAAUCAGCCCUUCCCUAUCUAUGAAAAGGAUUGGAGGAUAGUAUCCGGAGAGCAGCAUCCGGAUUCGGAGUUUUAUCGAAGUUUUUUGAAAGUCGCUGUGUCUGUGUGGUUACUUCACAGAUUAACACAUUCGUUUCCGCACAAAUGGCAGAUGUUAACAUGUAGCAGAGGUGAAGCAUUCGAGAGGAAGUAUAUGGAGUCUGUGGUGCCUGGAGGCUAUGACGAAGAUGAUGAAGAUGCUGAUGCGAAUAUAGUGGUCGGUUUCUUAGUGAUUCCAGGGUUUCGAGUGAGCAAAAGUAUAGUGAAGUGUGAGGUUUACUUGCACAGCAAACAACGUCAUAAUGACGGAAGAAUCGUUGAGUCACCUGUGAAGGCCUCAAAACAGGGAAAUGUCGGUCACAGGACCCCUGAUAACAACAGCUUCAGGAGUAAUUCGAGCUAUACUGAUAAACAGCCUUAUCCAAAGCAUUCCACUUCUGUUGAAGAACGUCAAGAACAUCGAGUUGGUAGUAUGAGCAGCAGAAGGGGUCCGAGGACUACCGUCCCUGGUUAUGUAAGUCAUACCGUUUCGACAAGACUAAAGGCACGGACUCCAACUAGAUGAUGGAAAUGAAGAACUUAUUCCUCUGGCAGGAAGAUUGUAUCAACUCUGUCGCCAGUGCAAUGUAUAUAUGCAGGAAUUUUCCAGAGAGCAGCCUUCGCCAGAUAUUCACAGGUACAGUUGUGUAGUUUAAGAACGUAACAGGAGCAGAUUUCAUGUAAAUCUCUGCUUCUACAUUUGCAUGGGUAGGAUGAGGAUGCUUAGAGAAAACCAGAGCGCACUAUGUACUUGAGAGAUUUAACAGUUUGAAAGUAGGCUGCUGAUGCUAACGAGAUCAUCAAAUUUUCAAAUGAACGAAACUAAGUCAUUCAAUGUUGGGAGUAGCUGAUUUCAAAUAAACAUUAAUUUGUUAAAUUAAUGCUAACAUACAUAUUAUUCCACAGAAA